GGGGAGAUCCAGAGUGGCCCCUGGAGCCUGCCCCGGCUGCCCCCGGGGUGCUGGGAGGCCCUGCUGGGCGGUUGGGGGGGGUGGCGGGAAAGACAGACCCCUCUUGGUGGGGGUACCGCGCCUCCCCCAACAGCGCUGGGUAGGGAGGUGCCAAGCCGCUCCUCUCUCCUCUGGGCUAAGGCCUCUCUCUCCGCUGACUUCCCUUCCUGCCCCUCUUCCCCUUUGCUCCCCCUGCCCCACCCAGGUCUGUGCUCCCUGAGGAGCUCCUGUUUUUCCCUCUCCUGCCACCAGGCCUCUGGCUCUGUCGUCAGCGGUCAUGACUCUCGAAGGAGAGCCAGCCCUUGGCACAGGGUCACCAAGCCCAGUCCUCAGCCUCUCCUGUCCCCUGGAGUCUGGAUGGCGGCCUAGAGGGGGCCGUCCAGCCCAGCCCAUCUGGGGGUCUGCAGGAGUGGGACACGCUCUUUCACAUGUGGGACUUUGUCAUUUAUCUGGGCCUGGCUCUUUCCUAGAGGGUCCUCAUUCCUGAGCCUCGGGGACAACGGACUUAUCAGAGUAGGGCCUCUGGCUCCUGGAGGAGGUGCGGUCUCAGGAAAGGCUGAAAACCGGCCUCACCAAACAGGUGAGGCCGUGGAGCCCAUGCAGACGGGAGAGGGGCUGACCCGGGGUCAGGGCUCUGUUCCCCUUCCUCUGGGCUCCAGGCCUCUUCCCCGGCCACCAGGCCCUGUUGGUUUCCUUCCAGGUCUGACCCUCGAUGUAAUUGUUACCCUCCCCAAGACCCCUGCCGCCAAGCCUCCCCUCCCUCUCCUUCCUCUUUCUCUCCUUGGUGACGACAGUGACAGCACCAACCGAGAGCCCCGGCACCUGCUGGCCACCAGACCCGUGUAGCAUUUGGGGGUGGCUCCCUUUCCUUGAGCACAUCCCCCACCGUGGAGGUCAUGAAUUAAUGCCCCAGAGGGAGAGGUCCCAAGUACCCACGACAAAGUCACCAUGUCCCCAGAAUCUCAUGUUUUUACUUAAAGCAAAAUUCAUUCACAUAUGGUUUUCUCCUCGGUACGGAUUGACGCUUUACGAUAAGUGCUCCCAGAAGGCUUUGCUCACCCCGCCCCAGAGCCUCCUGAGCUGAGCUUCCUGCUCUCAGAAGUUGCUGAGGGCUCAAGGCAUCGAUGUCAGGGUGACCGAGUGACAGCGUGUCACCCGGCGGGCAGGCAGGGGAGCCAGACUCCGAGUCUGGUCUUGGCCAGCACAGGGCAGGGUGGGGACCCGGCUGCCCGAACAAAGGCCUGUUUACCAGGGCAGGAGGAUGCCGGCCUCGGGCAAGCCGGGCCCUGCGGGAUCCACCCACCGACUCACAAUGGGCAGCUUGUGUCCCAGCCAUCCGAUCCUCCCGGGGCUACCCUGGGCCUGGCGCCGUGGACAAGGCAAGCGGGGGGUCGGGACGCGCAAGGAGGAACCUCUGUGUCCUUGGCCAGGCCAGAUGCACGUGUGUGCCUGCGGGUCAGCUGAGACAGCAUGGGCCGAGUAGUGGCCCCAAAGCUGUCCACGUCCUGAUUCUGGAAACUGGGAAUGUGUUACCUUCUGUGGCCAAGGAGGGUCUGUGUCAGAGAGAGGCUGGCUGUGAAUGGAGCGGGGGGGCCACAGGCCAAGGGGUGCGGAGACCUCUAGAAGCUGGAAAAGACCAGGAAACUGAUUGUCUCCUGCAGCCUCCAGAAGGAACCAGUGCCACCCGCACCUUGCCUUUAGCUCAGUGAGACCCUGUAGGACCUCGGGCCCAGGAGACUGUACGGGACUAAAUCCGUGUGGGUGAUCUUUGUUACGACAGUGACAGGAGCCCCGUGCGCAUCGGGACCCGCUCCCCACCGUGAGUCACCGGAGGCCGUUACACCUGGCAGAGCCUGGAACUCCCCACCUGAAUCUCAGGGAGAACCCCUUCCACGAGGGGCUGGGGGAUCAGGUGAGAUGGGGCACACAGGGCCCAGCACAGCGGGAUGGCGUCCGUGUGGCCAGGGCCAGCUCCUUCCUUGUGGACAGGUGCACAGCCCUGUGACACGUGCUGGGGACACCUUCAAGGACAGUCCCCCACCCCCUCUCAAAGUGCAAAGGUCAGCCACUGGACAGAAGCCUGGUCACGGGGUGCGGCAGCCACUGCGGGAGCAGCGUCCGGCUCCGUGGAGCUUGACCGAGCGUCCGCGGGCUGAGUGAGGCCAGAGGAGUUUCCGGAGCGAAGGGCGGCGUCUGAGGGAGCUGUGGAGGCCGUGCGACCCUCCCACACAGAGCCGGGUCCCGUGCAGCCGGCCUGCCACUCGCUCCCUGGCCGGUGAUUUUGGACAUGCGUGAUGGCCGCGGCAGGCCGGAGCCUGUACCCGGUGGCCCUCUCCGCCUGUCCAGCCAACCCCACGGGGCGAGGCUUCUCCUGCUCCUCUCCACCGAAGCAACACGACCCUGCCAGCUGGAGCUUCAUAAGGAGCUGUCCCUGGAGACAGGGUCCUGAGCGGGGGGAUCUGGGAGUAGUUCCGGAUGAGGCCCGUGGCCGUGGCAGAGCCCCCGUGGACGGGUUUAACCUCCCGCCGGAGUUAAAGGCCCGGUGGGUCUGUCUCUGGCCCGGGAGUUCUCUGGGAAAGUCGUCUCAGAACUCAGCCAGCAGCGGCCGGAAGGCAGAGAACAACUCCCCACAGAGACCGCCCAGGCCCCUCAGCCCCCGGUGUCCCACAGGUACCCCUGAGAACGAGCACAGAGCGUGCUGGGUGCCCCAGGGGCCACCAGGCACUCCCCUACACGACAAACUGGUGAGCCCGAGACCGCUGCCCGAGAGCCCCCCCCCCCCCCCGCCCACUGCUCACCAGCAACUAGAAACGUGGCCUUUGGGGAAGAAGGGGCUACCCCUCCCCGAGCCAGAAACUCAGAUACUGUCCGCCUGGGAAUCUGGGGUGUCUGCUCCGGUUUCCCUCUGCUCUCCUGGGGGUGCCUGGGGGCUCCUGUUGCUGAGAUCUGCUCCCCGGACUCCUCAGAGGCCUGGGGAGAGCGUGUGUCCAUCUGUCCCCAGGGACAGCCCUGCCUGUCCUGCCAAUGGCACCAAGACCGGGGCGGCAGGCCUCCUUCCCACACCGGGAGGGAGAGGGGACCACAUCCGGGCCCCUCCUGGGUGGCGGGCGUCCCGGUCUGGUCUUUCACAGCCAGCCCGGGCACCCCCUGCCGAGCCAGGCACCCCCACUGGUUCCAGGGCGUGGGCACCGACCCCAAGGCCUUCCCCACCCACUCCAUUGUAGGGCUGCAAGCUUAGCACGUGUGCAAGUAUUUGUGGCCAGAUGCCUCCCGUCAGCCCUCCCGGGAGGCCUCCACCAUGAGUCACCGGCUCUGGUCUGGGGUCAGGCAGCAGCGGCCUCGCCCGUUCAGACUUUGGAGGCCUCACCCUGGAGAAGUGGGGCACCGACCCAGCUAGCAGCCUAGAGGGGCUUGGGGGGAAGGGCAAUUGGUCCUGCUCCUGGGCCCUGCCCCUGCUCUGAGUCGCCCGGACUGUGGCCCUCAGCGUGGCGGACGAGCUCACGGGCUCUCCAUCCGCGGUUCCUGCCUGCCAUAGAUGAGUCACGGUGACAGCGGAUGGUCCCGCCAGGCCUCGUGAUGUGUGGUUCUGUCCUGAGUGGCUCAGCUGUCAGGUUCCAUGCCCGGGGUGGCCAGUCCCGUGGCCAGGAAGAGCCAGGGCGGCUGCUGUCCUUUACCGAGGCAGACCUUCGUGAUGUAGAGCUACCCACAGGUCACAGGGCAAGUGGGGGAAGGGCAGCAGGGAGAGGAAAGGACUCUUAGGGUCUGAGGUGCUUGAUGGGGCCAGGACAGCCCCCCCCUAUCAUACCUGAGCCCCCAGGAGUGGGGGGAACAGCCGCCCAGGUUCUUGUCCUGGCCCUGCCCCAACCGAGCUUGCCCUGGGCCAGCCACAUCCCCUGGCCUCGGUGUCUUGAUCUGGUCCCGAGACACCAGCUUAGGCCAGUUAGGUGAGCUCAUAAUCAGGACAGGGGACUUGUUCCUCCUGCUCACCUGGCCUCGUGGGCUGAACCGUGGCCCCAGGAGAGAUGUCCACCCAGCCCUGUGAAUGUGACCUUCGUGCAACAAGAGUCUUGGCGGGCGUGAUUAGGGUCAAGAUGAGACCAUCCUGGCCGGUGGGGAGGGGACAUAACCCAGCGACAGAAAAAAGCACACACAGACUCACCGGGAAAAGGCGGAGGCCGGAGGGAUGUGUGGGAGCACCGAGGGCUGUCAGCAAGGCCCCGAGGCUGGGAGAGGACCCCCUCCCCGGAACCCUCAGAAGGAACUGGCCCUGCCCACGCGUGAUUUUAGCCUCCCAGUGCGUUGAUCUGUUACGGCUGCCCCAGAAACAGGUACAAGCACAGAGCCCGACACGGGGCUCAAACUCACAAAACCACAAGAUCAUGACCUGAGUUGAAACCAAGAGUUGGACUCUUAACCGACUGAGACGCCCAGAUUCUUGGAUUUUCAGAGGAGAGCAGACUGUGACCGUGCUCCUUGUAAGCGAGGACAAGGCCGCGGGGACCCACGUGAUAAGGAAGACUCGUGUCCUUGUGCUCGGGACCCAGCCCCGCAGUCUGUGUCACGGACAGCGCACGGGGUCUGGCCUCCAGGCAGCCGCGGCAUGGCUGGGGGGACAAGAUCUCCCACCUGGGGCCGAGGGCAGCACAGGACAGCAUGCGCUGGAAAAAGUGGUGGCCCUGAGGCCAGUGGGUGAGCUCUGGGUGAACAUGGGUCCUUCCUGGUCUGGUGCUUGGAGGAGGAAGCUUUCUGAGCAGGGCGGCCAGCGUGGCAUGUGGGGCUCCCCGGAGGUCAAGAGGGGCCAGCCCCGCCCCCCCGCAGCCCCUGGCAAGACGCCUGUGGAUGAGAGCCACCAUGGGACCCUGACUGCCCUGGAAGAGGCCAGCCUGCCGGGAUGUUCUGUUCUUCCUUAAAGACACACUCACGUGAACACGCUCCCACACCCACACGUGCACGCACAAAUGCAGGUGAGUGUGAGCACGUGCGCACACGCUUACACUCACACGUGGGCACACACGCACCAUGGGUGUGGUUGCUUUCCACGUUCGGAUCAGCACUGGCUUCAAUCGACAGGGCACUUGGCGAGAUUUGACCGCUUCUAGCACAGCACGAGGACCCUCUCCUCUCUUCCUGCCCCCCCGACCCCGUGCAGUCAGAACCCCAGCGCUCUGGCCUGGACUUGAUGGCCACGGAAGAACAGAAUAUCCAGGGGCCACGAGUAGCCACCCGGGAGGGUGACAGUGAGACAGCAGUGAGGGGUCCAGGUGGAAGGAUGCGUCAGGAGCUGAGGACAACAAUGCCAGGGCCUACCUCCCGGCCACGUUUGCCCUCAACCGUCACCCGGGCCGGGAAGUGCACAGUCCCGACGCUUUGGACCGGCCACUGGCAAACAACCCCGGGGCGCGGCAGGAAGCAGCCCUGACCCUCACCCUCCUGCUUGCUCCCCUUGGGUCUCCAGCCUCCAGGGGACCCCUCUCGAGGGUCUGCUGACAUCCUGCCAUCCCAGUCUGCCCGGACUCCUCUCCACCUGUCUGGAAGACAGGUGCCGCUUCCUGACAGGUGUUCCUCUGCCUUCCACAUCCUGGAAGCUUCCCCAGGGCUGAAAAUGCCUGGUGAGUGGCGGGCCAGCCUCAGGUGGACUAUGUGGGGCCUCCACGGUCCAGAGGUUUCCAGCUGGUGUCCCGCUCAGUCGUCCGAGGGCCAGUCGCCCGUGUCCACCUUGGAGCUGAGUUGGGCCGGGAGAUAGCAGAGUGGGAAGCCCAGAGAACGUUCUAGGCAGGCCUGCCAGGGACAGGGAGUGAGCGCCUCUGUCCGGGAGGCCCGUGGGAGGCUAUUGGUCCAACGGCACUGCCAGAGGACGUGUGUGAAUCCCAACUCCCGAGGCAGACGGCUUCGGAGGUGUGGGCCGCCGCCUGCCUCUGACGCGGCUCGUUCUGUUCGCCUCUGCUUCCUGGCCUGCUGCGGGUGGAGUCCCCUGCCAGGAACGAUGGUGCCACCUGGCUCCGUCCUCGACGCUCUGACGUCUGCACUCCGCCGUCUGGGCCAAGAUGGAAACCAAGCGGAAUGUUCCUGACGUGGGAUCUCCUCGUCCCACGGUCCCGUGGCACCCGGGCCACGUCGAGUGCGAAGGAGAGCCGUCCCUCCCCGGGUCAUCCUUCCCCUCUGGGAGCAUCGUCCACUGUUGGUUUUGGGGGAAAGUGGAGUCCGCAGAACUCUCUGGCCCCUUACGACAGACAGGCAGGAGUGGUGAGACGAGGGCUCAGGUGGUCUGAGUCCUAGCGGGGGCUGAGGACCACACACGGAUCCCCCACCACCUCCACGUGGCUCACACCCACCCCAGCCAUCUCCCACCAAAGUACUUCCGGCACCCCGCGCCCCCGCCCCCCACCGGCUCUAUGGCUGGGACCACGGGCCGCCCCCUGCCCCCAGGACCCAGGUGGGAAGUUGGAAAAGUCUGGCCCCACACCAACCGAAACAUGACCCCAGAAGCCCAGGCUCGGCCCCACUGAUUCAUCGGCAGAGCAAACUUCCUGCCCCCACCUGCCCCCACGCGGCUCACGCUCCCGUCAGCCAGAGCUCGGGGAAGAGGGUGAGGCCCUCCUGCUUGCACAGCGUCCCGGCUCCGACCCCACAAGGCUGGACAUCUGCUAGGCCGAUGACGGAUGUGACCACAGGCAGACGGUGGGCAUCAGGGCCACAGAAGCCCAGGAUCCGGCGGAAGAGGCCUUAAGAUCAGCGGGCCACGGGGCGCCGUGCGGGGCGGCAGGGAUCGGACGCAGCGUCAGCUUUUCAAGUCCCGUGUGGAUCUUCCUGCACAUUAGCAAAAAGCGUAGAGCAUCAAAACCUCGACGGAAGGAUGUCAUCUCUUGUGGCCGAGACUGGUGAGGAGGGCCGUUAGCCCCGGGCUGGCUGGACAGAAAGCGCCAGGCGCGUCGUGGACCGGCCUGGCUGAACUUCUGCCGUGGCCGGUGGGUGACGGAGGCGUGGGGUGCAUCGAUCUAGCCCAGGGCUCUGCGAACUGUUUCUGGAAAGGGCCAGAGAGUAAAUAUUUAGGCUCUGUGGCCGGCGGUCUCCGCUGCAUCCUCUCUGUUGCAAAAGUCACAGGGGACACGACGUGGACAAGUGGGCGUGGCCGUGCCACUUGAAACUUUAUUUAUGGACCUGAAAUUUGACUUUGGUGUGACCUCCACAGGUCGUCUUCCCCUCCCCCCACUCCAGGCACUUACGAAUAUUAAAACCGGGGCACCCGCGUGGCUCGGUCGGUUGAGCAUCUGACUUUGGCUCAGCUCACGAUCUCACGGUUGGUGGGUCGGAGCCCUGCGUCGGGCUCUGUGCUGACAGCUCGGAGCCUGCUUUGGAUUCUGUGUCUCCCUCCCUCUCUC